AUGACUACAUUUGCGAAACAGUUCUCUGAGGCUAACUACCUCUCUCACACAGUCCAUGAUGGUACGUCUAGCCCUCAAGCUCCCUCUCAGGUUUGGAGGCCUCCACUUGCGGGAUUUUAUAAAAUAAACGUAGAUGGAGCACUCAAAAUUGGUGACUCCAUUCGUGGGGUUGGUGUGGUCGUUAGAAAUGAGAGGGGUGAGUUUAUGGGUGCAUGUGUUAAGUCAAUCCAAGCCAGUUAUGGGGCUAGGCAAACGAAGCUGAUGGCUGCAAUUGAAGGAAUGCGCUUUUCUAUCGACAUGGGAUUAAAUUAUGUUAUUCUAGAGAUGGAUGCACAAGUUUGCAUAAAGGGCAUUCUCUCAACAGAGGAGUGUAGUGGAACAGAUGGUCUUUUAUUUGAAGAGGCAAAAAACCUACUUAGUAAAUUUAGAGGAGUCCUUUGUCAAUGGACACCAAGAAGCGGUAAUAAGGCGGCACACACUUUGGCUCAUUUUGCCAUUAGCUGUAAUGAUUUUGUUUCCUGGAUUGAGGACGCACCUAUGUGGCUACUCCCAGUUCUUGAUGCAGAUGUACUCCCUCAAUGA